AUGGAAUCUGUGUCAGUGUGGGAGAAGGUCUGGCAAGAAGUCCGUUCCGGACUUGUCAGCUCGGUUGGAGCUGAAGCCAUCCUCUUCCCGAUCGACACGCUCAAGCUGCAGCAGCAAGUCUACGGAGGAUCGGCUGCUCUGGUCGCGAAGCGCUUGCUUGAAAAGCAGGGUCUGGGUGGACUCUACAAGGGCCUGCUAGGGCGCUUGAUUCAGACCAUUACCUCCAAUGUUGGCUUCUUUGUCUGGCAAACGGUCUUCGUCCAGCUCAGUCUGCGCCAGCUACAAGCGCACGAACCGGGCUGCCAAAAGUUAGGAACAAUUGCCGCACUGGUCGUCAACAUGCUGGCACAACAGUUCAACCGCAUCCUCACGACGCCAUGUGAUGUCGUUGCCAAUGUGAAUCAGGCAGAUCCAGCAUCCAGAGGCUUCUUCAGCACCUUCCUCCGGAUGGCUCGUACUGGCGGAGUUCAAGAGCUUUGGCGAGGGCUUCCCGUCGCACUUCUACUCUCUCUGAACCCUGCUCUGAUGUUCACCUUGGUCGGGAAGCUUUCGGAUCUCAUCAAGGUUUUGCGAGGUCACGGGACUUCCUCCCACUUGAGCUCAACAGACAUGUUUUGGAUUUCUGGAGUGUCGAAAGCUGUGGCCACACUUCUGACCUACCCAUUGAUCCGGGCGAAGGCCGUCAUUCAGACAACGGGUGGAAAUCACUUGGGCUUGUGGGGGAUGCUCGCCCAGAUAGUAGGACAAAGCGGAUGGCUUGGUCUCUAUCAAGGUGUCUGGAUCAUGAGCUACAAGACAGUUCUUUUCAACUCCUUGAUGAUGGCGCUGAAGCAGAAGGUCUCGCUUGCACUGAUGAGGUGGGAUCAAUUCCGCGAUCGCAAGAGGCGACGUGAGGCGGCGACAGAGCUGGAAGGCUUCCGUGGCUCAGUGACGGCAUGCUCCAGCCUGGAGAUGCCAUGGGAGGCAUCAGCUCGAGGUGCCUCUGUUGUUUACAUUGAUGGGUCAUGGUGCUUUCUGCAUGAUGCUCAGGCCCACAUUCUCCGUGAAGCGCAUCAACAAGCCGAUCACCUCAUUGUCGGCGUGCACAGCGACGAAUGCCAUCAAGUAGCGGUUGGCUCCUGGCCACCCGAAUGCUACGCUGCGAGACUCGGUCGUCUCAGGAGGAAGCCCUGGGCGGCGAGCAUCCUGGAGCAGGCUCCUUGGGAGGUAACACCCGAACUGCUUGAUGAGCUGGGCAUUACAAGAGUUGUAAGCGGAUCAGUCACCAAGAUCGAGGACUGCUCUGGCAAAGAUGUUCCAACACGGCCACGAUCUCACAGUACUCCCACCAGCAAGGACCGCCAGGAGGUUCCGGUGCUGCUGGCUUCACCGGUCGACCCCUAUGCGGAAUGUAAGAGGCGUGGCAUUUUCGAGGAGUUGCCGUCGCUGAAUGCAUCCACUGAGCAUGACGAGUGGAUGCGCAAGGCCAGUCUCGACUUGAGCCUGUUGUUCGCUUGUCUGUCUUGA